GGGGGGAAGGAAGGUAUUUUUUAACCCAAUGAGAGAAUCUGCAGACCUCCUCAAUUAAAGAGGAAGAAAAAAAUACAUGGAUUAUAUGCAUUCUUUCCCAUGGACUUUCCGAAACUUUUAUCGGGUUCCAGGUUCCCUAAUCAAGAUUAUUACUGGCCGAGCUUCCCUACUACCGAAGCUUUCCCGACCAUUCCUUGUUUAAUAAAGCAUUAGAGCUGUUUUUUUUCCCUUGCCGGAAGCCGUGGGAAAAGCGGAGCUCGCAAUUUUAUCAAGCCAGAUUCUGCGCCCCCGCCCUUUCCCCUACACUGGCUUCUCGCCCGCGAAAGCCGCUUCAAAGCAGAGUCCCUCUGGGUUGUGCUUAUCCGGGAAGCAACGCUUCCUGGCCCGAGCGGAUCGUCCUCUUUCCUGGCGUCCACCUCUCCCGCGGCUUUUCGACAGCGCGUAACGCCGGGGUCCGGCGUACGGCUCGGCUCGCCGGCUCCGGGUGGGCGCACGUGCUUCGGCUGGCUGCGAUUGGCUGCUGGGGGAUCCGGCGGGGGCUACCCCCCGAAGCAAGGGGUUCCCUAGUGGCUGGAUCUCGCUCCUUCUGGUGGCUUUUCUUUCCUUUUUUCCCUCCGCUGUAGUUUCCGAGCGGCGGUCGCUUCUGUCGGAGCCGCCUUGCCAUCAUGGAUGGGCGCAUCCUGUGGGACUUCUGGAUCGUGGCAGCCGUAGCGUCCUGCGCCGGCGGCGCCAACGCACUGGAGCUGAGCAACUCUUUGCCGCGCCUGGCCGAGAUCGCCUCGCAGAGCCUGGCUGCCUCCUGGACGAGCGCGGCUCCCACCGCAGCCGACGCGGAGGAGGUGGCAGGGAGUUCCAACGCCUCCCGCCCGGGAUCGCCUGGCAAGGCUGGCCGAGCGCCUUACCCGAUGUGCACUGGCCACAGCCAGACUGAGAUCAAGAAUACGUUCAAGUACAUUAACACGGUGAUCGCUUGCCUGGUCUUCGUGUUGGGGAUCAUCGGCAACUCCACCUUGCUCCGGAUCAUCUACAAGAACAAAUGCAUGAGAAACGGCCCAAACAUCCUCAUCGCCAGCUUGGCUCUGGGAGAUCUGCUGCUGAUCGUCAUCGACAUUCCCAUCAACUUGUACAAGCUUCAUGCAGCAAAAUGGCCUUUCGGAACUGAAUUAUGUAAACUGUUUCCCUUCUUUCAAAAGACGUCAGUCGGCAUCAUAGUGUUAAGCUUAUGUGCUCUCAGUAUUGAUAGGUAUCGAGCUGUAGCCUCAUGGAGCCGCAUCAAAGGAAUUGGAGUACCAAAGUGGACAGCAGUUGAAAUUGUUUUGAUCUGGGUUGUAUCCCUUGUUUUAGCUAUUCCUGAGGCUAUAGGCUUUGAUGUUAUUACUAUACCAUACAAGGAGCAGACGUUGUCUACUUGUUUACUUAAUCCCCACCAAGAAUCAUCUUUCAUGAAGUUUUACCAGGUAGCUAAAGACUGGUGGAUUUUUAGCUUUUAUUUCUGUUUGCCACUGGCAAUCACUGGUCUUUUUUAUACUCUGAUGACCUGUGAAAUGUUAAGAAAGAAGAGUGGGAUGCAGAUUGCAUUAAAUGACCAUCUGAAACAGAGACGUGAAGUUGCCAAAACAGUCUUCUGCUUAGUGGUUGUUUUUGCCUUGUGCUGGCUGCCCCUUUAUCUCAGUAGGAUAUUGAAGUUUGCUUUCUAUGAUGCACAAAGCCCAAACAGGUGUGAUCUUUUGAGCUUUUUGCUGGUGAUGAACUACAUUGGAAUCAACAUGGCAUCUUUGAAUUCCUGCAUCAACCCCAUUGCUCUCUACUUGGUGAGCAAAAGAUUCAAGAACUGCUUUAAGUCGUGCCUUUGUUGCUGGUGUCAUCCCAAAGACAUGCUCUCCCUGGAGGAGAAACAAUCCUGCUUAAAGUUCAGAGCAAAUGACCACGGAUAUGACAAUUUCCGCUCCAGUAACAAGUACAGCUCAUCUUAAACAAGAAAGCUUGACUCAGCUAUCAUGCUAUGUUGCCAGGCUGUGAAGACAAGGACAGUUAAGCUGAAGACAACAGAUUCUGUAUAGUAGGGGAAAUUGAUGCAUCUGGGAGGAAAGUUUGGGAUUUUCACAAAAAUCAAAAUAUUUAUUGAGUACACUAACCAUAACUAUGCCCAGUGCUCCUAAUUAUUUGAACCCAAUAUUGCUAGGGGGUGGGAGGAAUCACCAUUGUUUAAGCACUUAAAUAGUUCGAAACAAUCACUUCCAAAUCAUUCUCAAAUCUUGUACGUGAAAUAAUUUUAAACACUAAGGAGCCCAACUAAUCAUUCUUAAUAUAGAAUUGUACCAUGAUUAUGGUUGGGGUAAUGCCAGCCAUCUCUAUAUAUUAUUUAAAAAACAACAACGUUUUACUUGCCUGUAAAAUUCACAGGUAAGUAUGCAAGUGUAAAAUACUAUUCCAUACAAAAUGUGCAGUUUGUAGCAAGGUGCAUCCAGGACAUGGACCGUGCUGGUGUAAAAUUUUUCCCACAGUAGUGAAGGAACUUAAAAGGACACAGUCAGUCUCAAAGCAAUUAGCUCUUAACUUUUGUUAAAGAAUUUUAAAAAUGUAAACUUUCCAUCUAGAGCUUUUUAAAGGCUGGAAAAGUGGCCUUCAGCCAUUAACACCUGAGCCAUCUCCAUCUUUAAUGUUAGUCUUGCACUGCUUGUGACCCACAAGGCAUCAGACACCAAGGCUUCUAGGUCCCACUUUACACAAGCAGAACUCUCCUUAGCAUGGUGUGUCACAAACUGGGGAGACCUAAAUUUCAUUGAGGGAAGGACCAUACAAUAAAAGAACAGGCAGCAUUAGUAUGACAUGGGUGCAGUACAUGAUACCAGCUUUAGAAUUCAGCAUCUUGAAAAUACCAGGCUUUUGUUGUUGUUCUUUCUGAGAAAAAAAAAAGUGUCUAGAUCUUAUGGUAAAUUUGUACAUAAAGUUCAAGAAGCAGGAAAAGCAACAGGACAAAUUUUCAGCAUUUUGCCAUUUCCCAGUGAUGGUCAAACCAAUCUAACUAUGCACAAUAAUAACCAGUGACAUAAAAUUAAAACAAUUGUGCAAAUUUGCUGAAUUUAUGCAAGAUACCCAUCAAAUUUAAAUAGCAUGCACAUAGAAUUCCUUUUCUUUCUCUCUUCCUUUUUUACCAGGUAGCAUAGCCUAAAUUUCAAAUCAUUGUUCUCCCUGACAUAGAGAAGUCCAUAGCUCUCUUUUUGAAGAUUCUCAAGAAUGCCUUGCUUUUGCUGUGGCAGGCCAAGUGCCAUAUAUCACAGGAAUUAAGCUACCAUAGGUAUCAGUUUGAGGUAUAAGUAGAAAAAGGGACAAGUCUGUAUUCAGAAGGAACGCAGGGAACCCCUCUUGGUUGUUUUUUUUCUAAAUUUUAAGUUACCUAAAAAAGGCAAUAAAAGCUCCCCCCCUCUUUUUUUUUUUGGUUCUCCUGAACUUUUAAACUGGCUACAGAUCAGUGGUAUCCCUCACCUUUCAUUAUGGAAUAUUUAAUUCCAUUUGUGUGAAUAUUCCAUUAAGCCAUAAUGAAAGCUGUAAUAAUAUACAAUAACAUCUGGGCUGGUCCCAAUAUUCAUGCCAUUCAUUAGUCAGAGGGAAGAACUUGAUAUAAAUAGGGUGGUGUUCUGCACCACAGAUAGAGGAGUUUUAGUUUGUGUUAAUACUGCUAGUUAACAUAGUCAUAAACUUAUUGUCAAUAUUAAACAAACAUUAACAUUGUUUUAAGUUAUCAAGGAGGCUCUAUAACAACCACUCCAGCCUGUUGGCCUGCAGUCCAGAAAAUCUAAAGGGAACAGAUUAUGGAAGGCUUCCCUAGAAGGUCUUCAGAUUACCAUUGUGGCAGGAUCCACUAUCAUUAAUGAAUCUGGUAGAGUGAGGUGUCACCCUGUGGAUUAUAUUUGGACUACUCGUAAAAGAUAGCCUUUUUUUUUCUUUCAUGAAGAAACAAAGAGAUUGUGAUUUGCUGUUCAGACACAAAAUGUCUUGGACUAAUCUCAUGUUUUGCAGGGAAAAGUGAAAGUAGGACAAUUUAUUUUUAUCUUUUUUAAAUGCAUUUACUCAUAUCUCAAUUUCUUGAGAUUACAUUUCUGCAGUACUUCUAAAUAAACAUACAUUGACUUGCAUUGUGAGGAAAAGUUCUCCUGGAACUUCUCCACUGUGUCAGGAGAUACUUCUAAGGAUUAUCUUCUCCUGCAAGGGGUUUACAUUAUUAUAUCAUCAUCCGCUUUACUUUGACCUCAUUACAAAGUAACAAAAUGUGACAUGUUUAUUGUUGUCUUCUGUUUGCAGAGGAAUGGUCAUUUUCAAAGGUUUUGUACCUUAGCUCAUGGGUAGACAGCCUUCAGUCCUCCAGAUGUUUUGGUCUAUUAAGUCCUGGAUCUAAACCUUAACCAGUCAAAUGAUCUAUUAAUAGGUGAUUAUGCAGUACUGAGUUUUAGUUCUGAUCAAAAACGUUACAUGAAAUGGCAAAGCUAAAAAUAAAUGGGUAAAGUUCCUAAAUGUCAUUUGGGCAACAUGAAGUCACAUUCUGGAAGAUUUGCACAUCUUGAGAUGAAAGUAUUCAUACAGGUGGUAAAGUUAGGUGUUGAUCCUGUGCUUACCACUGACAAUGUUCAGUACUAUUAAUUUCCAUUAAUCUGUUCAGUAUUACUGCUAUGGUAUAUAGCAUUACAGUACUGUACAUAUAUCAUUGUAAUUCUAUUUAAAAUAUAGUUUGUAUUACUAAGCUGUAUGUUUACAUUGUUAUGCUGUAUUGCUACAAUGUGUCACUAUAUUAUGGUUUAAAUCUGUUAAAAAGUUCCUUUGUAGAAAACAGUUUUUGCAGAUUCUAACUUGUGAUUAUUCAGUGCAGAGGUUUUAAACAUUUCCUUUUAUGUAGGAAUUUGGCUAUAUGUGAAAUAGAAUCUAGUCAGGUUUAUAUAGCAGAACCGGAGUCUUUGUGCUCCUUAAUUUUUAGCCAUUUGUUCAUACUAAAUAUAUAAUUAUUAUAUUUCA